CAGCGCCCGCGCCGCCAGGGACCCGCGGCGGCGCCCGGCGGAGCGCGGCGCGGCGGCCCCGGCCCUAUGGGCGGGCGGGCCGGCAGCGGCGCAGAGAGGCUGCCCCCGCUGGCGCCCGCCCUCCCGGCGGCAGAGAAGGGCCCGGCACCGGCACCGGCGCGGCCGCGGCCGGCGAUGCGGUCGCCCAGCUGAAAGGCGCGGCGCGCUCCGCUGCUCGCCCGCGGGGCCGCCCGCCGCCGGGCCAUGGCCGUCCGCGGCGGCAACGCCCUGACGCCUUUCUCCAUCCAGGCCAUCCUCAACAAGAAGGAGGAGCGCGCCCGCCACGCGGCGGGGCGGCCGCCGGCCCCAGGGGCGGCCGGCGGAUGGCGGCUGUGCGGCGCCGCCGAGGGCCCGCCGCUCCCCUCGCCCGCCGCCGCCGCCCGCGCCCCAGCCCCGCGGACGCCGGCGGGCUGGGACUCGGACUCCGCGCUCAGCGAGGACCCCGAGGGCGAGCGGCGCUCCGAGGAGGAGGGCGCCGGCGGUAGCGCCCGCACCGCCGAGGACGCGGGCGGGGGGCGGCCGGCGGCGGCGGCGGAGGAGGAGGCGCAGCCCCCGGAGGCGGUGGAGCGGGACGCCGCCGGCCUCAGUGACAGCGAGAUGUCGGCCGCCGUCUCCGAUCGCAGCCCCCCAGAGGAGGAGGACGGAGCGGGCAAGUGCGGGAAUCUGCUGCCGGGGGAGGAGGAGGCGGCGGCGCCGAAGCCGCGGAAGAAGCGCUCCCGCGCGGCCUUUUCCCACGCGCAGGUCUUCGAGCUGGAGCGGCGCUUCAACCACCAGCGGUACCUGUCGGGGCCCGAGCGGGCCGACCUGGCCGCCUCGCUGAAGCUCACCGAGACGCAGGUGAAGAUCUGGUUCCAGAACCGGCGCUACAAGACCAAGCGGCGGCAGAUGGCCGCCGACCUCCUGGCCGCCGCCCCCGCCGCCAAGAAGGUGGCCGUCAAGGUGCUGGUGCGCGACGACCAGAGACAGUACCACCCCGGCGAGGUGCUGCGGCCACCCUCGCUGCUCUCCCUCCAGCCCUCCUACUACUACCCCUACUACUGCCUGCCCGGGUGGGCUCUGUCCACCUGCGCCGCAGCCGCCGGCACCCAGUGAGGGGCACACGUACAUUACCCGCUCCCCCCCGCCUCCAACCUCCCCCACCGCACACACUGGCAGCCAGGAAACCCAUCUCCCCUCUGCCACCCCCCCCCAGCCAGCCAGCUUCUCAAAUCCAGAGCCCCAGCUGCAGUUCUCAGUGCCUUGGACAGUAUUUAUUAUUAUUAUUUUAUUGUUAUUUUUAUUAUUAAUAUUAUUUGGAUGGUUCCUCACCCUCUCCUCUUCCAACGUAGGACUUCUCGGCCACCCCCGCCCCGACCCUCACCCCGUCCCCACCCCGCCAGCCGAGGACUCUCGCGAUUCGGCACGACUAGUUCAUGGUAUCCAUGUUGUCAGUGUAUUUGGUGUAGACUUUUUGUUUGUUUGUUUUAUUUCGCUUCGGAUUCGUAGAGACUCGAUCUUGUGUGGGAGAGAGAAAGAGAGAGAAAAAAGGAGAGGAAAAAAAAAAAACCAACCCACAAAACCAAAUGCAGCUCAAAAGAGGAGAUCAAGGACUCCCUCGGUGGAUUGUAAGGAAGAUUAUUUUUGACGUCUGUUUGAGUCCUUGGUCUUCCAACUCAUUGCAAACUGAGUGUGCCUUGUAUGGUGCUGAAUGUAAGGAAGCCUCUUUCAGAUCCCCCCUGCUUUUGUUGCCCAUGUUAUUGCUGUACUCCAUGAUCCCUGGCAAAGGAUAAAUAUGUCACAAAAGGGUGAGACUUAUAUCGAAACCCCAGACUUCUUUUCCUUUUUUCCUGAGAUCUUUCCGUGUUCGGGGAGGGAGGAGUUAUGGAUUUUUCGCACUUUCCAGUUGUAUUAAAGUUGUUGUUAUUAUUAUUUUUAUAUUCAAUGUGAAUAUUUCUAGUCAGGCUUUUUAAGAAAUCGAUGUAACGGGAAAUUUUAAUACCAUCAGUGCCUUUUACAGUUCUUCUGCAGACCUCUCCUUCAGGGGCGGGGAUUUCUGAUCUGCUCAGCAAUGUAAUUACAGUCUCUUUCUUUCAAGGUAACUCACUGCUUUUUUUCUUUUUCCUUCUUUUUUUUUUUUCCUCCCUUUCUCUUGUAAUGGCACUGUGCACUCAACUAGAUUAUUUACUUCAAAUGAAUUGUGAAUGUUUGUAAGCUACCCGCUGUACUUUUUUUUUUUUUUUUAAUUUAUAAACUUUAGUUUAACACUUAGCUCUGCCGCUUGUGUCGUUUCUGAAAGCGGAUACGGAUUUCCCCAGCAACUUUUUCCCCGCAGCAGACUUCGGGCUGUAGUACGGGCCACGUCC